UGCUCUUCCCAUUGGUUGAUAUUCUCUGUCAGAGCCUCUACCUAAACCACUGGAGGAGAAAAACAGUGCCUCCCAAAUAAUGGGGCCCUACAGCAUCUCUAUGAAGGGCUAUGACAUGAAUUUGCUGGGGGAAUUCAGUGACUAUGACAAUGACAACACCACAAGAUCCUAUGAGGACUACUUUUGUCCAGAUACAGUCUUGUCUCCGGCUGGUGAUCCCACACAUCCUUUCAAGAAGAUCUUCGUGCCCUUAGUCUACCUUCUGAUAUUUCUUCUGGGGACCUUGGGCAAUGCCCUGGUAUUGAUCAUCCUGGAGCGUUACAAGCGUGCCCGCACUACCACCGAGAACUUCCUCUUUCAUCUAGCCCUGGCCAAUCUGGUGCUAGUGCUCACCUUGCCUUUUGGCGUGGCCGAGAGCUUGACUGGCUGGAUCUUCGGCACUUUCCUCUGCAAAGUCCUCAGCGCUGUUCAUAAGAUCAACUUCUACUGCAGCAGCAUGCUCCUAGGCUGCAUCAGUGUGGAUCGCUACCUGGCCAUAGUGUAUGCUAUCCACACCUACAGGAAACGCAGAGUCAGGUCCAUCCACCUCACUUGCCUGGCCAUUUGGUUCAUCUCCCUGCUGCUGACCUUGCCCGAUCUAGUGCUCAUGGAGGUCUGGUCAGACAAGAGCAACCACAGUGUCUGCAAUUUCCAGCAAGUUGGGAUUCAUGGCAGCAACAUGUGGCUGGCAACCCGCUUCCUGUAUCACAUUGUGGGUUUCUUCGUGCCCCUGCUAGUCAUGUGCUACUGCUAUACAGCCAUUGUGAGGACCCUGUGCCACUCCCAGCGGUUGCAGAGGCAGAAGGCCGUGAGAGUGGCCAUCCUGGUCACAGGGGUGUUCUUAUUCUGUUGGAGCCCUUACCACAUGGUCAUCUUUUUGGACACGCUAGACAAGCUGGAAACCUUACCGAGCGAUUGCACCUUGGCGGACCAGCUGGCCACCAGCAUCAUGGUGACAGAGGUGAUUGGCUUCACACAUUGCUGUCUCAACCCCAUCCUUUAUGCCUUUGUCGGUGUGAAGUUCCGCAACGACUUCUUCCGGAUCCUCCGUGACCUGGGCUGCAUAAGCCAAGAGACCCUGCAGGAGAUCCUUGAUGUGACGAGGAAGAGCAGUGGGAUUGAGUCGGACACCAUCACUUCUAUCAGCACCUUCUAGUGGGGAAAGAACUGGGCCCGGAUAGACUUUGGUGUUCCUGGCCAGCAGAGCAUGUAAUGCCCUUGGUACAGGGCUCAGCUCUGUGCCUCAGUAUCAUCCCUACCACUUCCCUCCUUUCCACAAGAAAUUAAAGGGCACCAUUAAAACAGCAAAUAUUUGCCAGCCAUUACCACAUAUUUACUUCCUGUGCUAAGUAUGUGGAGAAAUGGUUUGUGGUAGCCCUUGGCAAAUACUGACUUUACAUAGCAACCACUGCAAAGGAGCUGGCUUGGACCCUAGCAAGUCAGCUCUGAUACUGCAUCGUCCCUACUGAAGGAGCCCCAACGUGCAGAGCCAACCACCGAAUUGGGCCCUUAGAAAGUGACAAACAGGAAAUUCCAGAAGAUGGAGAGAUUUUUAUCAGAGUAAUGGAAGAGUAUGAUUUAGUCUGUGCUACUCAUUAAGGUGCUCAGAAGAAAGUGAUAUAGCCCAAUUAUUUCUUUUAAUUAGAAACAGUUCUAUGUUUAAUGAAAAUUAUGUAAAAUAUGAAGUUUAGAGUACGUUUCAGUUACUUGGGCACAUAGCUGCAUGUUACUCAGCAUUCUGGUCAGUACAAAGGGACUGGACACUGUUCUUCUGACUGCAUCACAGAAUCUGGAAGUUGAAGAGGCCUGAGAGACAGCCAGCCCGUCUCCUGUUGUGCCUUUCCUGGGGCUUUGGGCAGUUUGGGUGCCUUGGUCCCAAAUGACAGUAUUUCUGCGACUCACAUUGGGAGACUCUUUCAUAGGCCCAAAGACUUUACUGUCAGGAAUUUCUUUACUGCCCAUGAGCUGCACACUUUCAAUCCAUUUUAUUGUUCUUAAUAAUUCCAAUUACUGACUUACUGGAACUAAUUGAUUUCCUUUGAGGGUGAAUAUUCUCUGAGCAGGCCCUGUCCAGCCUUGUAACUGAAUGGUGGCACAGACCUCUCCUACUUUGAUUACUAGCGAGGGGAGGAGGGAAAGAAGGCUGAAUGUGUUACUGAUUUGCUUUGGGGUUCAGUUGCUGUAUCUCUUGGGUGUUGAGAGCAAGAAUUCCUGUUAUUCCAGAGUAAAACAGAAAUGAAAGGAGAAGAGUUGUUGGGGGGGGGGUGGAGGGAGAGGAGGGUUUUUUUGUUUUUGUUUUUUUCAGGGGGAGACAAGGGAAAGUUUUUGCUAUGCUUUGUACUGUGCUUUCAGGCAUUCUAGCUCUACCUGCAUUGAUGGUGUUCUUAAACAUUUCACUUACUAGAUUUUAGGGAGAAAAGAUCUGAACUUUGACUUCAUACGAGAGUUGUGGGUACCCAGCAGCUCUUAGGAUCAGGCCUACUUUACACAGACAUGCACCAAACUAACAGCAGCAGCUUUAACCCACAGCUGGGGUUAUUUCAGUGCAAAUGUGUGCGUAGAGCAGCCAUAAGGGACUCUGUUUAACUGUGCUGUUUUCCAUUUGCUGUUAUCACAUCAACAGGGACAAUGUGUAGGCAAUGCUGCUGCUUUCUUUACAUUUUUCUUAAUAGGUAAAGUGUUACUUUAGCUUGAAAUGUAUGUUAUAGGUCUGUCUAAAGAGCCACUGGCCACCACUCAUCCCAGGCACAACCUAACCACAAAUACAUUUGUAAAAAUCGGCUCCAAAAUUAACCUGCUUUGCUAGGCAAAACUAAAACUAUUUCUGCUGAUCAGUAUUAAUUUCAGUGUUGUCAAACUGCCCAUGUGGCAGGGUGGAUGUUUGAGCUUUGUGCUAGGGUCACUAGUAGCAGUCACCCAAUAAUAAAGAGACCAACUUCAAUUCACUCACCCCUUUCUCAGAAGAAGAAUCUGUAGGGGAAUUAUCCAUAUUUAAAGGAUCACCUCUGGGCUAAAUUCAGCCCAAAAUGGAGGAUCGGUGAAGCCUUUUACUAACUCUAAUCCCAGCAGGAAAAGGCCAAGGUUUAGAGGUUAUUUUUUUUUUAAAUUCCAAGGGAUGUAACUUUAACAAAAAUAAAAAACAAACAAACAUUCCCUGCAGUGUUCACAGCACAGCCACCGAGGACCCCAGUGAAGCUGAUGAGGUUAUUCUUAUUGUCCAAGCAGGGAGAAAUGCCAAAAAGUUUGUUUAAACUGUGCUACUGGGGCAAAGUCUAGCUAAAGUUCAUAUAUUAUUUGAGUGUUCAUAACUGAAAGGGGAUAUUUUGAGGCUUUUUUUUUUUUAAACUAUAGCUUAUAUCUUGUGUCCCUGUAAACUCACCAUAAAUUUUGUCUGCUGUGUGUUUUUUUUUUAAAUGAACUAUAAUGAUUAAUUAAAAUAUUUUUUCCACCUUG